CUCCUCGUUUUUAAUCUCUUGCGACUGUCGCAGCCGCCGCCGCCGCAAAUCAAGCCCCUGCAGUCGGCGACUUCACAGGCAAGAGUUCUUAUCAUGAAGAAAGGUAUGAUGCGGUGGGAUGAUGAUGAUGAUGAUGAAGACGACCCAUCAGAGGAAUCAUCGUCCUCUUCUGACUCAAACCCGGAUAAUUCAGAGACUGGGAAGAAGAAGAAGAGAAAGAGUAAGAAGCCAAUAGCGAGGUUUGCGAAGAAAGACAAGAAAGCUUUCGACUAUGAAUCUCUGCAACAGCAUGGUUACAAAGCUGUUGGUCUUCCAGAUAUUCGUGCUCCUGUGGAGAAACAGGAUUGGUCGUGGGAUACGGGAAAGGAUAAACCAAGAGUAGAAGAAGUGAAAGAGAGUUACCGAGAACGUGAAGCUACCAGAGCUGCGGUUGCAGGUGGCCAAACAAUUGAGAAUGCGCAGUUGCGGAGUGAUAGGAAGAAUCUAUCUUUCUCACAGAAGGAGAAGAAGAAGAGAGAUUUAGGACAAGCGAGCAGAGGGAAGAAUUAUGUUGAAGAAGAGAAGAGGCAGUUGAGAGAGAGUGGUGUUUACUCUGGUUUUGAUUCCUAAAUAUCUCUACUUUGAAGUGGGGAAUCUUUGUAUUUUGUAUGAAUAGGAAGAAACAAGAGCUUGAUUACACUCAUAGACACAUAUUUGUAUGGAGAAUCAUCAGUUACUUAGCAUUGUUUUGAUUCCUGAUAAUCUCAGCUUUGAGGUAAAUCUUUUAAGUA